UCAAAACAAAGUUGAUAAAUAUAAAUAAGACAAAGACUGAAAAGAAGUGCAUGAAUAUAAACAUAUCUAAGCAAUAAUUUAAUUAUCUUCUCUCCAAGUAGAAUUGUUAAUAACUAUUUCUAAUAGUCCUGUUAUUUUAAAAUUUAUUUCACAAUGGCGAAUAUACCUGAAGCAAAGAUGAAUUAUGGAAAUCAGGAAACAGGCAAAUAUACCAAAGACUGUAAUAUAGAGAAUGCAAUGUUAAGGAAAAAAUUGCAAUUAAAAACAGAAGCUGUGAUGGUUCUUAGUCAAGAAUUAGACAAAUGUAGAACACAACGCGAUCAAUAUAAAUUAAUGGCAGAACAAAUUCAAGAGAGAUUAGUUCAUUUAAGAAAACAAACGAAUGAAUCAGUGGGAUUAAAUGGUUUCAGAACAUUGGAAUCUUUAAUGGAAACACAAGAAGAAAACAAGUGUCUUCGAUUGCAAGUUGAAACGUUGAGGCAAAAAUUUAUUGACUCACAAGCUGAUAUAAAAGUUUUGCGAUCAAAUAAUCGAGCAUUUACCGAACAAAAAGAAUCUCAACUUGCUCCGGACGCACAUCAACGAGAGGAAAUGAUUGAACAACUGGAGAAAUUGAACAUCAAAUGCAGUCAAUUACAAACUGAUUUACAAUCAGUUUUGGACGAAAAACAUGAAUUAGAAACGGAAAGAGAUGCUUUUAAAUGUAAAGCACAUCGUUUAAAUCAUGAACUAUCAAAAGCCCUGAGUGCCUCUAAACCUGUCGAUGUAGAUUCUCUUGUUAAUGAAAAUCGAUAUUUACAAGAGAGAAUACAACAAUUACAAGAGGAAAAUGAACUCAACAGACAAUCACUUUCAAAAUAUAAAGGUAUGCUGGAUAGCAAAAGAUUGAAAGGCUCGAUAAAACUCGGUGGAAAUGCAGCCGCUGGAACAGUAAUGACUCAUAAGCAAGUUGAACAAUUACUUCAACAAGGACCAAAUAUCACGCCACAAAAAGCUUCGGCAGCAAUAUCUGAUCUUCAUUGUCUUUGUGCUGCACUACUUGAAGCGUUAAAUGACAAAACUCUGGCCUUAGCUCAUCAAAAGAAAGCAAACAAAAUUUUGGCAUCAAGAAUUUGCGAAUUAGACAAUGCAGUUCAAUCGCCGACUAUGAAACUACUCGAAGGAUAUACAGGAGCGAACGUUGAUAUUGGUGACGAUUUUGAUUCUGACGCGUCGUCAAAAAAUAUGUGGAACAAUGAGGAAGUAAACGUGACAGAAUUAAUGAAAAAUGAAGGCGUCGAGAUUAGUGAAUUUUCCACAAAACAUACGUACUCGAAUCUAAUUCCAUCGAAUCUACCGCAAAAUUUAGAAGCUCUUGUACAAAAAGCAAUGAACAAUUUAAAAGACAUAAACAAAGAUAAAUCGUAAAAUUAAUAUUUCAUGUAAGUUGAAAAAUUAACUUUUAUUAUUUUGUUAAGUCUACUUUUUUUUCUAGUCAUUAAAAUGCCAAUAUGAAAAUUGCCUAUAUGGAUUUAUUCAAUCAAAUUGUAUUUAAAAAGAAAGUAAAUAAAUACUUUAUUUAUUACUCUA